UUUGACUUGUGUACUUUUUGGAUCAAAAUUGUGCUUACAAAAAAGAAGGAAUUUUAAGUUUUAUUUAUUUUUUCUGCAGUGACAGUGUCCCCUACUGUACAUUAUCAUUCUCCAUUUUUUGGUUCCGAUUGACAAUUGACACUUUCCGCACUUUGUCCGUUUCUCUGAGUGUCACCCUUUCACUCGAAUCAUGACACAGAACUUAGGUCACAGGACAAUAUGUUACUGUGAGUGUUGACAACUGAACCAGUGAAAGGAUGAACACAACAAUGAGUGUGCAGGAGCUGCUGAUGACUCCGCAGGAGUUGAUGUAACAUGAACAAAGAGUAUCGCCAAAAAGAUAGGACCUGAGCCAUACAACCUCCUCUCCACCAUAGAACCUUGAAGAGGACAGACUACACAAACAUACGACCCAAAACUUAAGAACACCAUUCACACAGAUAGGAGAAAGAAACAUACACAGAGGGAGAGAGAGAGACCAGAGUAUUUCCUGGAGGACGAAGAUCCAGAGAGAUAGGCACAAAGCUGUGCACAAACAAACAGAGGGUCAGAGACAUCUGUGUAAGUUGACAGUGUGUCUCCUAGUAAAGCAGGCCCUCAAAUGUCAGUCAACAGCUGCCAUGAGAAACACCUCGCCAGACGCCUUCAUUCUAUUCUAUUCUCUUGAAAAAUGGGAGCAUUUGCACAAUAGCUGCGGUAUCAUCUUGGUUUAUAUAUCCAGAAUUCAAGCUUCAGUUGGACUUAAUAUAUAAAUUCUCAUUGUGUGUAUGCAAUCAUACUGUAUGUGUUUGUAAGUCCAUGCAGGUAUGAAUGUGUGGCCCAGGUCCUUUUCAAUCACAGAUACUCCAUACAGUAUCUGUUGCUGAGACUCCCCUUUUUGAUGAUGGCAUGUGUGUGCUCGAACUGAUAAACCACCAUUAUCCACACUCCAUUAGAUCUAUUAUCCCUUCACACUUUGGAACUCAACUCAUGACGUGAAGGUAGCACCACAUACAUUAAAACUGUGUUGACACAAUUAAAAGGUUUUACUGGUAUGCUGUAUGUAUUACUUUUGAACACACCCUUAUUUUUCCUCUAAAAUCACUGUUACUGUGCAACAGCUUUCACAGUGAUCCACAAUUCAGCAGGUUGGUUACUUAUGGAGAGUGCCGAAAGAGCAGAGCUUGUCUGCAAUCAAACAGAUGCAUGGGACUGGGUUUACACCAUUCAGCCUGCGUACAUGUCCAUCAUCUGUCUCCUUGGAGUGAUUGGCAACUCCUUUGUGCUUUGUGUGUUCUGUCUCCAGAAGCGGCGCAGCUCUGUGGCCGACAUCUACCUGAGCAACCUGGCAGCAGCUGAUCUCCUCAUGGUUUCCUGCCUGCCGUUCUGGGUAGCAACCAUUAUCAACAAGUUCCACUGGAGGUUUGGGGAGCCCAUGUGCCAGCUUAUCAACAUUGUCAUUGGGAUGAAUUAUUAUUGCAGUGUGCUAUUCCUUACGCUUGUGAGCGUGGACAGAUACCUGGCCCUCACUAGACCCCUAACCCAGGGAUGGGAGAGACGGGCCUUCUGGGCACGUGGGAUUUGCUUCAGUAUCUGGAUUGCUGGGAUCUUGCUCAGCUUACCUGCUAUCCUCUUCCGCUCCGUCCAGUUCUUCCCUCAUCUGGGCAUUGACGCAUGCUACGUAAAGUAUCCCCAUGAAGGCUGGAGACUGCGCUACAAUAUGACUGUCAGCAUAGUAGGCUUCCUUAUCCCUGUUCCCAUUGUAUCCUUCUGUAGUUAUCACAUUACUAAAGUCCUUCGGACCAGCCAGAAGAUGAGAAAAGGCAGCAGAGGAAGUGUCGAAGGGAAGGCAGCGUACCUUGUACUUAUUGUUCUGGCUGUGUUCAUUCUAUGCUGGCUACCGUACCAGAUUCUGAUCUUCUUGGACACCUUGGAUCAUUAUGAGGUCAUUUCUGGAUGUACAUGGGCGUACGUGUUGGACAUUGGCAACCAGUUAGCUACUUACCUUGGCUAUAGUAACAGCUCAUUGAAUCCUUUCCUGUAUGUGAUUGUGGGGAAGCGCUUUAAGCAGAGGGCGAGGGAAGUGUUUAGACUUGUGCUGUGCAGGAAGAAACAGCAGUGGGGCAAGUCUGGUCAUUUCAAUGUCAACCUUAACUCAACUAAACAAACUGAGAGUACUGAAAUCUAAAUCUAUCUACAAAGAAAAGUUUGACCAAAAACAGCAGUUAAGGAAAUCAAUUCAUUUAACAUGCACUUAGUGUAUUUUGUGAAGACAUACCAUUAUACAGUCACUUAUUAACCUAUUGCCACUUAAAGGAAUAGUUUGACAUUUUGGGAAAUACGCUUAUUCGCUUUCUUGCUAAGAGUUAGAUAAGAAGAUUGAUGCCACUAUCAUGUCUGCUACAGCCAACAGCCAGUUAGCUUAGCUUAGCAUAAAGACUGGCAAGAAGUGGAAACAGCUAGGCUGGCUCUGUCCUAAGGUAACAAAUUUUGCCUACCAGCACGUCUAAAGCUUACUUAUCAACACAUUAUAUCUCAUGUGGUAAUCCAUUCAAAAUCUGAUAAACAGUCUGGCUCAUAAUCCUUACUUAAAACCAUAAUUUGUUGUUUUUCCACUUUGUUUUUUGUACGAAUUAAACAAAUAUAGAUAUGAUGUGUUGAUUAGUGAUCUUAGAGGUGCCAGCUGUCUCCCCGUUUCCAGUCUUUAUGCUAAAGUAAGCUAACCAGCUUCAUAUUUACCGUAAUGAUAUCAAUCUUCUUAUCUAACUCUCGGCAAGAAAGAGAAAAAUGUUGCUUAUUGAAAACUUUUGCAAGUCAUCUGUUGUAAUGCAAAAGCAAUUUUGGCUUUCUUUAUUUGGACUUUUGGACUGAUAUUUAUGGGUCAGGGUGUAUUAAAGUGUAUAUUAAAUUAUAGAUGCAAGGUCAUAAAAAUUUAAAGUCAAGUAUUUUAUGUGAAAUUAUGCAGCUCCAUGUUUUUGUGAACUAUCUGUUUGCCAUUAUAUUGUGUUUGUCAAUCUUGAACUUGAUGCCAUAUUUUAUUACUUUAAACAGUAUUUUCCUUUCAGGGCUGUUCCAUUUGUGUUCUUUUUGCUAAACAAAGCCAAGGUUGGCUGUCUUAACAAAGCAUAAUUUGGUGCCAUUUUUACAGGUGUUAUCUGAGGCUGUGCUUUCUAUUUUUAUAGUAACUAUCAGGAAGCUGUUGUGUGUUGUUUUUCUUGAAUGACUAAACAUGUUGAAACUGGUUCUUACUCGAACAGAUGAAAAAAAUAUUUGUGUAGUGAUGAAUACAUCAUGUUUUUGUUUUGUAGUACUGUCUGUUUAGAGUGAAAUAGAACUUCUGCACAAUCAAUAUAACUGAAACUUGGAGUAAAACAAAUAUCAACCACAAACAUAAUACAACAAUGUAUGACUGUUGCUGUCUUCAAUAAAGUAUCAUCUA